AUGCCACUGGGCAGACUUCCUGGCUGGCUGAAUGCUGUGGCCUGUGGACUCCUGAUUAUCCUCCUCCAUGCGCAGGGUCAAGACUCAUCAGAGGCCAGCCCCAUCAGAAACACACACACAGGCAAAGUCAGAGGCAGCCUUGUCCAUGUGAAAGACACCAAAGUUGGUGUCCAUACCUUCCUGGGAAUUCCCUUUGCCAAGCCACCUGUAGGACAACUGCGCUUUGCUCCGCCUGAAGCCCCUGAUCCGUGGAAUGGUGUGAGAGAUGGAACCUCGCAACCAGCCAUGUGUCUACAAAAUGAUGAUAUAAUGAAUUUAGAUGGCCUGAAGAGGAUAAAGCUGAUCAUGCCUCCCAUCUCUGUGUCUGAGGACUGCCUGUAUCUCAACAUCUACACACCAGCUCAUGCCCAUGAAGGCUCUAACCUACCUGUGAUGGUGUGGAUCCAUGGUGGUGCUCUGGUUAUAGGCAUGGCUUCCUGGUAUGAUGGAUCCAUGCUGUCAGCCAUUGAGAAUGUGGUGGUAGUCAAUAUCCAGUACCGCCUGGGUGUCCUGGGCUUCUUCAGCACCGGAGAUCAGCAUGCCAGAGGCAACUGGGGCUUCUUAGACCAAGUGGCCGCCCUACACUGGGUCCAGCAAAACAUCGCCCACUUUGGAGGCAACCCUGACCAGGUCACCAUUUUUGGCGAGUCUGCAGGUGGCACAAGUGUGUCUUUCCAUGUUGUGUCCCCCAUGUCCCAAGGACUCUUCCACAGAGCCAUCAUGCAGAGUGGGGUGGCCCUGCUGCCUCGCCUUAUCUCUAACACCUCUGAGAUGGCCUUCAUGACGGUGGCAAAUCUAUCUGGCUGUGCAACUUUGAACUCAGAGGCCCUGGUGCACUGCCUUCGAGGCAAGAGUGAAGCAGAAAUUCUGGCAAUUAACAAGGCCUUCAGGAUCAUCCCUGGUGUGGUGGAUGGGAUGUUCCUACCCAGGCAUCCUCAGGAGUUGUUGGCCUCUGCUGAUUUUCACCCUGUCCCCAGCAUCAUUGGUGUCAACAAUGAUGAGUAUGGCUGGAUUCUCCCACUGAUCUUCAACUCUUCUCAAACAUUAAAGAAAAUAACCAGAAAGACAGUGAAGGAUAUUCUGAAGAGUACAACAGCAGAACAGUUGAUGCUACCUCCUGAGUGUAGUGACCUGAUAAUGGAGGAGUACAUGGGGGACACUGAGGACCCACAAACCCUCCAAAUACAGUUCACAGAGAUGAUGGGAGACUUCAUGUUUGUGAUCCCUGCACUCCAAGUAGCACAUUUUCAGCGUUUCCAUGCCCCUGUCUACUUCUAUGAGUUUCAGCAUCGCCCCAACUUUCUCAAGGAUUUCAAGCCUCGACACGUAAAGGCUGACCAUGGUGAUGAGGUUUUCCUUAUCUUUGGAUCCUUCUUCUGGGGUGUCAAAUUUGACCUCACUGGAAAGGAGAAGCUGCUGAGCAGGAGAAUGAUGAAGUACUGGGCCAACUUUGCACGAUAUGGGAACCCCAACAGUGAGGGUCUACCCUACUGGCCUGUGUCAGACCAAAAUGAACAGUACCUGCAGCUGGACAUCCAGCCUGCUGUGGGCCAAGCCCUGAAGGCCAGAAGACAACAGUUCUGGACCAAGACUCUGCCCCAGAAGAUUCAGGAGCUAAAAGGGGCUCAUGGCAAAAACAAGAAUAUGUAAUCCCCAAUGUAAGAAAAGGCACUCUGAAGCCCACACUUAUAUGAGCAUGUGACAUAUGUGAAGAUCGUCUGCUGUACUGUGUGGCAUGGAUGGGAGAAGGGAGAUGGGAGAGGUAGGAAUGUGCACACAUGUCUAACAGAAGAGAUUCCUGACCCUGGCACCCUGACUGGCAGUUUUGACAUGUAUGGGAGUGUCUUCCUGUUUUAAAGAACUCCUCCUGUAGCAUCCUAACUCUUCUCAAUAGUCCAUGUGAUUAAUUUUCAUUCUUAUGUUAUUGUUGUCCUUAAAAUUUUCAACCCCAGCAACUCAAGGUCUCUUGUAUAUUAUACCAUUUACAAUGGUGCCAAACUGUGCCUUUUCUUUCCCUGAAAUCAUCUCUGUCAUUGAGAGGGUGUGUCCUGUUGUCCUAUUGAGUUUUGAACUUCUCAUCCCUCUACCUCUGGCAAAUUAACCUUCCUUGGGUACCAGUUUUCCCAGGACAAAGUUCCUUUUCAUUCACAGAACCUUUGGAUGAAAGUAAAGAUUCCUAUGUUGUCUGUCCUGGACACCAAGGCACAGAUGAAGGGGGUACUAAGCCCUGGCACAGUGGCUGAGCCCAUAGAUACUUUUUGUUCAUCCCAAGAAGCCCUCCCCGCAU